CGUGCACUUGGGCGAGAGCUGUAGCAGAGAGAGGAGCUCAGAGUCUAGCGCAGCCACCGCGAUGAGAGGCGCUCGCGGCGCCUGGGAUCUGCUCUGCGUCCUGUUGGUCCUGCUCCGUGGCCAGACAGCCACGUCUCAGCCAUCUGUGAGUCCAGGGGAGCCGUCUCCGCCAUCCAUCCAUCCAGCGCAAUCAGAGUUAAUAGUUGAAGCUGGCGACACCCUCAGCCUGACGUGCGUUGAUCCCAACUUUGUCAGAUGGACUUUCAAGACCUAUUUCAAUGAAAUGGUUGAGAAUAAAAAAAAUGAAUGGAUCCAGGAAAAAGCCGAGGCCACUCGCACGGGCACAUACACAUGCAGCAACAGAAAUGGCCUCACGAGUUCUAUUUACGUGUUUGUUAGAGAUCCUGCCAAACUUUUCCUGGUUGGCCUUCCCUUGUUUGGCAAAGAAGACAGCGACGCGCUGGUCCGCUGCCCUCUGACAGACCCACAGGUGUCCAAUUAUUCCCUCAUCGAGUGUGAUGGGAAAUCUCUCCCCACGGACCUGACGUUUGUCCCAAACCCCAAGGCUGGCAUCACCAUCAAAAACGUGAAGCGUGCCUACCACCGGCUGUGUGUCCGCUGUGCUGCUCAGCGUGAGGGUACAUGGCUGCAUUCUGACAAAUUCACCCUCAAAGUGAGGGCAGCCAUCAAGGCUAUCCCUGUUGUGUCUGUGCCUGAAACAAGACACCUCCUUAAGAAAGGGGACACAUUUACGGUGGUGUGCACCAUAAAAGAUGUGUCUACGUCCGUGAACUCCAUGUGGCUAAAGAUGAACCCUCAGCCUCAGAACAUAGCCCAGGUAAAGCAGAAUAGCUGGCAUCGGGGUGACUUCAAUUACGAACGCCAGGAGACGCUGACUAUCAGCUCAGCAAGAGUUAACGAUUCUGGAGUGUUCAUGUGUUAUGCCAAUAAUACUUUUGGAUCAGCAAAUGUCACAACAACCUUGAAAGUAGUAGAUAAAGGAUUCAUCAACAUCUUCCCUGUGAAGAACACUACAGUAUUUGUCACCGAUGGAGAAAACGUAGAUUUGGUUGUUGAAUACGAGGCCUAUCCCAAACCCGAGCACCAGCAGUGGAUAUAUAUGAACAGGACCUCGACUAACAAAGGGAAGGAUUAUGUCAAAUCUGAUAACAAAAGUAACAUCAGAUAUGUGAACCAACUUCGCCUGACCAGAUUAAAAGGCACAGAAGGAGGCACUUACACCUUUCUGGUGUCCAACUCUGAUGCCAGUGCUUCCGUGACAUUCAACGUUUACGUGAACACAAAACCAGAAAUCCUGACGUACGACAGGCUCAUGAAUGGCAUGCUCCAGUGUGUGGCAGAGGGAUUCCCGGAGCCCACAAUAGAUUGGUAUUUUUGUACAGGGGCAGAGCAAAGGUGUACCACUCCUGUCUCACCAGUGGACGUACAGGUCCAGAAUGUAUCUGCGUCACCAUUUGGAAAACUGGUGGUUCAGAGUUCCAUAGACUCCAGCGUCUUCCGGCACAACGGCACGGUGGAGUGUAAGGCCUCCAACGAUGUGGGCAAGAGUUCCGCCUUCUUUAACUUUGCAUUUAAAGGUAACAACAAAGAGCAAAUCCAUGCCCACACCCUGUUCACGCCGCUGCUCAUUGGCUUUGUGGUCGCAGCUGGCGCCAUGGGGAUCAUUGUGAUGGUUCUCACCUACAAAUAUUUGCAGAAGCCCAUGUAUGAAGUACAAUGGAAGGUUGUCGAGGAGAUAAAUGGAAACAAUUAUGUUUACAUAGACCCGACGCAACUUCCUUAUGAUCACAAAUGGGAGUUUCCCAGAAACAGGCUGAGUUUUGGAAAGACACUGGGAGCUGGUGCCUUCGGGAAGGUCGUUGAGGCCACUGCUUAUGGCUUGAUUAAGUCGGAUGCUGCCAUGACAGUUGCCGUGAAGAUGCUCAAACCAAGUGCCCAUUUAACAGAAAGAGAGGCCCUUAUGUCGGAACUGAAGGUCCUAAGCUACCUGGGCAAUCACAUGAAUAUUGUGAACCUGCUUGGAGCAUGCACGGUGGGAGGGCCCACCCUGGUCAUUACAGAAUAUUGUUGCUAUGGUGAUCUUUUGAAUUUUUUGAGAAGGAAACGUGAUUCGUUUAUUUUCUCAAAGCAAGAAGAACCGGCAGAAGUGGCACUUUAUAAGAACCUUCUGCAUUCAAAGGAGCCUUCCUGUGACAGUUCAAAUGAAUAUAUGGACAUGAAGCCCGGCGUUUCCUACGUCGUGCCAACCAAGACAGACAAGAGGAGAUCCGCAAGAAUAGACUCGUACAUAGAAAGAGACGUGACUCCUGCCAUCAUGGAAGAUGACGAGCUGGCUCUGGACCUGGAAGAUUUGCUGAGCUUCUCCUACCAGGUGGCCAAGGGCAUGGCGUUCCUCGCCUCCAAGAACUGUAUUCACAGAGAUUUGGCAGCCAGGAAUAUCCUCCUCACUCACGGGCGGAUCACAAAGAUUUGCGAUUUCGGGCUAGCCAGAGACAUCAGGAAUGAUUCGAAUUACGUGGUCAAAGGAAACGCACGACUGCCCGUGAAGUGGAUGGCACCAGAGAGCAUUUUCAGCUGCGUGUACACCUUUGAAAGUGAUGUCUGGUCCUAUGGGAUUUUCCUCUGGGAGCUCUUUUCCUUAGGAAGCAGCCCCUACCCAGGGAUGCCGGUCGACUCCAAGUUUUACAAGAUGAUCAAGGAAGGCUUCCGGAUGGUCAGCCCGGAGCACGCGCCUGCCGAAAUGUAUGACGUCAUGAAGACUUGCUGGGACGCUGACCCCUUGAAAAGGCCAACGUUCAAGCAGGUUGUCCAACUUAUUGAGAAGCAGAUCUCGGACAGCACCAAGCACAUUUACUCCAACUUGGCAAACUGCAACCCCAACCCAGAGAACCCCGUGGUGGUGGACCAUUCCGUGAGGGUCAACUCGGUCGGCAGCAGCGCCUCUUCUACGCAGCCUCUGCUCGUGCACGAAGAUGCCUGAGCAGAAACCCAAGUCCAACAGGCUUUGCUGCUGUCUCCGACCCCGUCCUUCUGGCUUCUGUGAUGGUUAUUUGGUUUCCCUUUGACUUGCAUCCUAUUCCAGGGUAGCGAGUUCCCCACCCCACCUCCAACCCCACUGUGAUUCCACCUUUACGAGCACACACUUUAGUGGCUGAUGGCCUUUUCUUUUUUGCCAUCAGCCACCGUCCCGCUGCGAAGGUCCGAACUGUAUGUAUAUAUUUUCCCAAUAGCAAAGUAGCUCCUACUGUAAACAGAAGGACUCCUCCUGCGUUAGAGGAGGAGGGAAGGGCGGGGUGAAACUGGAUGCCCAGAGUUCUUCCCCCAGUGCUCCCCUGAGUGUAUUUGAAAAGUAUGGCCAGUAGUUCACUUGAAGAAUAGCUGUAGUCCCAUUUGGCCCUGAGAGCCAUCCGUAACGAUGGGAGAUAUAUGUAGCAAGACUAGAAAAGGAAAGCCAAGCCUUUUGUGUAGAAAGCAGAUCAUUCUCAGAACAGAGGGCAUGGGGCAUCAGAAGUCUGGUCACGCUGAGAAGAAGACCGAGGCUGUGAAGGAACAAGCCAGGGGAAGCGUGAACAAUGAUGCUCUGCUCUGGGCUGCCGCUCGGGCUUCUGUACAACUGACCUGGUUUCUCAGUACUUUGCUGUCUGGGAGUAGCAUUGGAGACAAGGCCUCCUCCCUAGCCAGCCUUUGUAUAUACUCAUCUAUACGUUGUAUGCGUUCAUACUUUGGAGGAGGGAUUUCCCCACAAGCUUUCGUUUCUGUGUACAGCCCUGGCAUUAUAUCUACUGUGUGUAAGAAUAGAUUAAGAGCCAUACAUAUUUGAAGGAAACAGUUAAAUGUUUUUUGGUUGUUGUUGUUGUUGUUUUUAGAGAAAAAUGUAUCUGCUAAGCACAAUCUUUAUAAGACCUCUUAGCCAACAUACUUGCUCUGUCUACACUCCGGAACAAGCCUUCCAUGUCAGAGUGGCUUUGCAGGCAGGAGAACUGAGGCUGUUUGAAAAGGUUACGACAGGAUGGAGAAAACAGUGCAGUCCUGGUUUGUAUUCUCACAUAGCAGGGAGCACAAGUUAGACUCAGCCUUUUAUAGGCAGGUCCCGGACAUCGGGCCAGUAGCUAUACAAGUGUGUAUGUGUGUGCAUGCGUGUGUCUGUGCGUGUGGGUGAGUUGUGUUAGAAAACUUAUUGUCCUGCAUUCUUGAGGGUCCUCCUUCAGGACCCAAGACAUAAUAGCUUCCGUCACCGCUCCCAUCUCUCCAGUUUCCCUGCAUGUCGCUUGUUGUCUAGAAUUUACUCAAAGCCGCCACAGAGGCUUAGCGGAGUGAAGUGCCGAAGGAGUCCUCCUGAACUUAACACUCUUAUCGUAGACCCAUUCAUUAGACCUUAUGUAAUGCUGCCAAUCCAGGGAAACAUUUCAAGUGUACCCCGUAGACAGGGCCCAGAGGUUCCCUUGUCCUUGCCCUCCCCCCCACCACCCAUGACCACUGUCCAACAUAAAGGGUUCAGUGUGUACGUGGUCAUAUGAUGUCCUAGUGGAUUCAGGUAUGUUGCCUUCACGGUUUCCCCACCCCCUUUAUCCUUUAGGCCGUGUGGCCGUGAACCUGGAAGAAGUGAUCGUUUGCACUUGAGUGCUACACUCUUGCACCUUUCCAAAGUGAGCUGGUUUGGAGGUCCUGUUGUCAUGUAUGAGACUGUCACCGGUUACCGCACUCUGUCUGAAACAUGUCUUGGUAUUCCUAAUGACUUCAGUUAGAGUAAGGAGAAUAGCUGUUAAUUAUGGAUGUCAGGUACUUAAGGGGCCACACCAUUGAGAAUUUUGUCUUGGAUAUUCUUGAAAGUUUAUAUUUUUGUAAUUUUUUUUUUACAUCAGAUGUCAGAUGUUUCUUUCAGUUGCUUGAUGUUUGGAAUUAUUAUGUGGCUUUUUUUGUAAAUAUUGAAAUGUAGCAAUAAUGUCUUUUGAAUAUUCCUGAGCCCCAUGAGUCCCUGAAAAUAUUUUUUAUAUAUACAGUAACUUUAUGUGUAAAUAAUACGCUGUGCAAGUUUAAACAUGUCACGUUACAUGUGGGUUUUUCUGAUAUGUUGUCCAACUGUUGACAGUUCUGAAGAAUUCUAAUAAAAAUGUAAAUAUAUAAAUCAAA